UUUGUGCGGUGUUGACCUGUCUUUGUUUGGUCUCAUCCCGGUACCUCCAUCCUACACUGCAAUAUGUUUCCUACUUCAACAUCACCUGCCAGCAGGCAAUUGGUUUGCAACAUAGGACAUGCUCGGGCAAGAAGCAUUGCUUCGGCCCUUGGACCUGCCGUCGCUUCUAUCUCACGUCAUCAUGUCUCACAUUCAACUCUAAUGGUCGGGCGUAUCAACGGCGUCGGGAGAACAUAUGCCACACGACUUAUACACUCCUCCACCAACCGACCUAAGCCUACCGACCACCUAACCAUCGACAACGCAUCAUCAUUACCAGCAACAGGCGGGCCCCAAUCCAAUGAGAUGCCCAAGACACCGGGGCCUUCGCCAUUGGCAGUACUGCCACUAACAAACGUCCUCCGAUCAUGGAUGACCACCACCGUCUCGUCCUCGCCCUUCCUCCUACCGCCUUCACUAGCUGUCAUGUCCGUCCUAGCCCAUACUACAAACCCAGUUCUUAACCCCGACCGAAACCCUCUCCUCCGCGCAUUCCUCAAGAAGACCUUCUACGCCCAAUUCUGCGCCGGUGAGAAUCCGGCCGAGGUCCGCCAAACCAUCGACUCCCUCAAGCAAAUCGGCUUCAGUGGUGUCAUCCUCGGCUAUGCCCGUGAGGUAGUUCUCACCGAUUCGGAGACCAAAGAUCUCGCCUCCUGCGCGGCCGAGGGUGGCGCCGCUGCGGAGGAGUGCAUUCGCACGGAAAUUAAUCCCUGGGCCGAAGGAACCAUGGAGACCGUCCGCCUUGCCUCUCCCGGCGACUUCGUAGCUCUCAAAUUCACCGGUGCCGGCCGCCAGGCCCUUUAUAGUCUCUCCAAACAGCUCCCACCCUCCGAGGCCCUAGGCUCUGCCAUCGACGGGAUCUGCAACCUCGCCGCCGAGCGGGGCGUCCGCCUCCUCUUCGACGCCGAACAAAAUGCUCUCCAGCCUGGCAUCGACGACUGGACGCUCGACUACAUGCGCCGCUACAACAAAACCAGCACCGGCAACGCCGUAGUCUACGGCACUUACCAAGCCUACCUCAAAUCCACACCUGCCACUCUCUCCAAGCACCUCGCCAUCGCCGCGUCCGAAGGGUUCACCCUCGGCGUGAAACUCGUUCGCGGCGCUUACUUGGGCGCUGAUCCCAGACAUCUCAUCUGCGACACCAAGGCCGACACGGAUGGCCAGUACGAUGGGAUUGCUGAGGCCUUGCUCCGCAAGACCUGGUCUGGCCCCUUGCAACCUCCUGCCCCCCAGUCUGGAUCUGCUGAAAAGGAGAUGACCAACUUCCCCGACGUGGGCGUCGUUCUAGCCACGCACAACCGCGAAUCGGUACUCAAGGGCAAGGCCCUUCUCGACAGCGGCGUGGCCAAGCUGGGCUAUGAACAGGUGGCGUUCGCCCAGCUGCAGGGAAUGGCGGACGAGGUUAGUUGUGAGCUUGUUGCUGGGCCGCACGAGAGUCCCAAGGAGAUGGAGAUAGCGGCGGAGAAGGAGAGUGCGAAGGGCAGUGAGAAGGGAAGUGAAAUGGUCAAUAAGCCGCAGGUGUACAAGUACCUGGUGUGGGGAUCGACGGGGGAGUGCAUGAAGUAUUUGUUGCGGAGGGCUUAUGAGAAUCGGGAUGCGGUGCAGAGGACGAGGAGUGGACGGGAGGCGAUGGGAAGAGAAGUUAGGAGGAGAGUGAAGGGGUUGUUUGGGGUUUCUUCUUAAGCUCUCCAGUGGGUGUAAGAACCCGAAAUGUCAAUUGUUUAUGGCCUUUGGGGAUCAUUAUUUUUGGCGCAUUGCGAGGGUUGCUUGGCAUCUUGGAUCGAUUACCUAGAUUUGGCCUUGGUCUGAGCGUUGGACCUUGCUUGACAGAUACAGAUACAAAAUAUUCAAGUCAUGAA